AUGACAGCCAGCUUGCCACUGCAUCUGCGUGCUUCCAUCCUCUUCGCCCUGGCCACCUGUGCCUUUGCUGGCCACACUGGCUACCCGAUCGGCUACUCCGUCGCUGUUCCCGGGUACGCUGCUCAUCAUGCUCCGAUAGCCUCAGUGUCAACCGUUCACCACACGCCCGCUUUUGGCUACAGUCUUGAACACGGAGUUCCGGGCUAUGGCUUUGGAAUCGGAAGCUUUGGGCGCGCCUAUGGUUCCAGCCUCGACGACUUUGGCUACAGCACCUUCCUUCGCAAGAAGUCCGGCUUUUGCUAUGGCCUCGGCUAUGGACUUACCCUUUACGGUUAUGAACUCGGCAGCAAUGGGCUCAGCUACGAUUACGGUCUUGGAGGCCUUGGCUACAGCACCUUCCUGCUCUAG